AAAGGGAGGAGCGUUCGCCUCCAUUAUUUCUAACAAGAUCCUGAAGGAAAAGAAAAAGGGUAAAAAAAAAAAAAGGGGGGAGGAAGAGGGGAAGCUACAGACGGAACCGGGCUGAGCUACUGAAUGAAUGUGACUUGGGCAAGUCCCAGCGUGGGAUAUUUUAUCAGUUGGACGAAGGAACACAAGUAGAAAUCAUUGAGCUUUUCUGGCUGUUAUUGUGGAGAGCGUGUUUUUAAAACAUUUGAAAAUGUUCCACUUGAUGAAAAAGGAGAAGGAGAAAGAUGGCUCUCGGAAAGACAAGAAAAAGGAAAAGAAAGAAAGGAUGUCUGCAGCUGAGCUAAAAAGCUUGGAGGAGAUGAGCCUGAGAAGGGGCUUUUUUAAUCUGAACCGUUCUUCUAAGAGGGACUCAAAGACCAAGCUAGAGAUUUCCAAUCCUAUACCCAUCAAAGUAGCUAGCAGCUCUGAGCUCAAUCUCACCGACAUUGAGUCAGAUAAUAUCAGUAACAGGGGUAGCGCUAUUUAUGAUUCCGAGCACCUGAGCACUGCAAGUUCCAGCGAUGACUUGAAAACAGAAGAGAACUUCAAAGGUACUGUCCUCCAGCGGGCUGCCAAGUUUGGCUCUCUUGCCAAGCAGGGUUCUGGGAUGGCACAGAUGGUCAAGAGAUUCUCUUUCUCACAAAAGAGUAAAGAUGAAAGUCUGUCUGAAACCUCUACUCCUUCAGAGAACUCUGCUGCUCCUUCCCCACAGAUAGAGGUCAGAGCAUUUGAAGCACAGCUCUCCCAGCACAUUGUAGCUUCAGCCCAGGUAACCAUGGGCAAUACUCAGAAUGUGGUCAGAAUCCCAGAAGUUGUGGGGAAGGCAUUCCCAGCAGAUCUAAGAUUGCCUUCAGUACUUCCACCACUGGCGCCGGUGCCUAGGGAACUGGAGCUCCAAAGGAGAAACACUGGUGACUUUGGCUUCUCACUACGGAGGACAACCAUGCUAGACAGGGCACCUGAUGGACAGGUGUACAGGAGGGUAGUUCACUUUGCAGAGCCUGGUGCUGGAACUAAAGACCUGGCCUUGGGGUUGGUGCCAGGAGAUCGCUUGGUGGAAAUUAAUGGUCGUAAUGUGGAAAAUAAAUCUCGUGAUGAAAUUGUAGAGAUGAUCCGCCAGUCUGGGGAUACAGUGCGACUGAAGGUGCAGCCUAUACCUGAACUGAGUGAACUUAGCCGGAGCUGGCUGAGGAGCAGCAAGGGACUUCGGAAAGAGGCUUUUGAUCCAAUCAGUAUAGGAUUCAUCAGCUCAUGACUGCGCUGCCAUGGCAUUCUCCUCACGCUUUGCAUUCUGGGAACAGAAGGGAAGUGUUGUUUUCUGCAGCAAUCUGUGUGUGUGUUUGUCUUGUAGAACUGUGUUUAUCAAGCUCAUUUUAAGCCCUGGCUGGGGUUACCCUUUAAAGAUGGCUGAGGUAGUAUUGGUUUAAUCAAUAUAUUUAAACCUAUACCUCCCUAAAUCUCAUUUUUGCAAAAGAACAUUUAAGCCAUCGCCUGAUUCUUCCUGGCCACAGUAAGAAAUCUGCUCUUAAGGGGACCAUUGGGAGGUAUGCAAGUCAUGAUGUAGAGGGAUCCAAACCUAAUGCCAAGCCAUGCUUUUCCAUGCUAACACUCGGACUGCCUCAAAUGCCCUGUUAUUAAACAUAAAUAACUUAAGGACAAAAAUGAAACCCUUGACUGGUCUUUUGUGUGGCCAUUUGUACCAUACCUGUACUUUCGCUCAAAAUUUGGAAUUUCUUGAAUUGGCUGAUAUCAGGGUUGAGCAGUCUGAGGCCUCCAGAUGAUUCUACGUCUCUUGGCAUCCCACCAAAAGUUGAAGCCUGUUGUUGCACCACAGCUCCCAGCACCCCCAACAUGCUAGAGCGUUUCCAGAUAUACACGUUGAUGUCUGCUGGUUGCCAAUCCCUGGUAUAUGUUCUUCGAGCUCAGAAAAAAAUGCCUUCCGUCGUUAAAUCCCAGUCAUAUCUUAUUAGCUUCAGCUUCAUACCCGAACAACCUGACAUUAUGUGUGAAAGGCGCCUGCAGUAUUCCUAUAACCACCUGCAUGAUUUUAAUAUUUAUAUAUACGUUAAAGAAACCCCUUUCUUAGAAUGCUAGAAAGAUCUUAAACAGUAGAUACUACUGCAGUGUACUAAUAUUAAUUUAGUGGCAGUGUCUGCAAUAACCUCCUAACUAUAUAUUUAGUCAGUGUCCAUAAAGAAGCACUAAAACCUAAAAAAAAAAAAAAAAA